AUGGAGAGCUUCGACGAUGUGACCCUGAUCGGUCCGGUCACUGAUACCACUAUUGACGAGCACCUAGCUCCUCCCAACAAUGAUGCAAAGACGAGAAAGCCAGGCGAUGGCGAGUCAGCGGAAUCGGGAACCCCCACCUCGAAUCGAUCGGUGACUGCAACCCGUGUCGCCCAAGCCGAAUCGAAGAAUGAAAUAACGGCAGAGCCCUCAGUCUCGUCGGAGAUCCCACCCGAGGAAGAAGACGAAGAACCCCGCGUCGCUACGUCCUUCGAGCGGGAAUCGUCGCCUAUUUUUGCACAGAAACAUCGGUCGGGAAUGUAUCUGGAAGAUGAAAGCAUGAAUCGGAUGUACAAGUUUACUCUGUAUGAGACGGCGACCCGUUUCUACAUGGUAGGCAUAAAUCUCACCGACACCCGCUUCCGGAUUCUUAAGAUUGAUCGUACAUCCGAGUCCGGCGAGCUCAGCAUCACUGAGGAUGACAUGGUUUACACUAAGAGGGAGAUGAGCCAGUUGUUGGAUGCAAUUGAUGAUGGUAACAAGAGCUCGGGUGGAUUGAAGCAAAAGUGUAGUGCAUGGGCAUUGCUUGGCUUUAUUCGGUUUACAGGUGCAUACUACAUGCUGCUUGUCACCAAACGAAGUCAAGUCGCUAUUCUGGGCGGACACAAUGUUUUCCAGAUCGAUGAAACCGAAUUGAUCUCGUUGACGACCUCCGAAUUAUCUCGCCCGAAAUCUGAAAAACAGUCCGAAGAGGAUCGCUAUAAGGCGAUCCUCAACAACUUGGACUUGACUCGGUCGUUUUAUUUUAGCUAUUCAUAUAACAUCACGCAAACCCUCCAGCAUAAUAUCUUUCGGGAACGCAAGGACCAUAGAGAUGGACUGGCUCGGUCUUCUUUGGGAGAUUACAACACGAUGUUUGUGUGGAACAACCACCUACUUUCCCCCGCUGAAGGGGUUUUCAAGCACCCACAUGAGUGGUGCAUUCCCAUCAUCCACGGUUACGUGGACCAGUCCAAGCUGAGUGUAUAUGGACGAUUGAUUUACAUCACGAUCAUUGCUCGACGGUCUAGAUUCUUUGCGGGUGCGAGAUUCCUCAAACGCGGCGCGAACGAUCUGGGAUUUGUUGCGAAUGAUGUGGAAACCGAACAGAUUGUCUCUGAGCAGACAACGACACCUUUUCACUCCGCUGGCCCGUCACUCGAUGCCAACCCAAACUACACCUCAUAUGUCCAGCACCGCGGCAGUAUCCCUCUGUACUGGAGCCAAGAGAACACUGGGGUUUCGCCAAAGCCAGAUAUUGAACUGAAUCUGGUGGACCCAUUCUAUUCGGCUGCAGCGCUGCACUUUGACAAUCUUUUCGAGAGAUAUGGCGCUCCAGUCUACAUUCUCAAUCUUGUCAAGUCCCGUGAGCGAACACCGCGAGAGUCCAAGCUACUUAAGGAGUUCACUGAUGCAGUGGAAUAUCUCAACCAAUUCCUGCCACCAGACAAAAAGCUCAUCUACAAGGCCUGGGAUAUGAGUCGCGCGGCAAAGAGUCGAGACCAAGAUGUUAUAGAGACAUUGGAAGGAAUAGCUGGUGACAUAAUACCGAAGACUGCGUUCUUCAAGAAUGGGCAUGACCUUGAAACCGGAUUGCAAAUUCAAAAUGGCGUUGCGCGGACUAACUGCAUAGAUUGCCUGGACCGGACCAAUGCUGCGCAAUUUGUGAUCGGCAAAAGAGCGCUAGGGCAUCAGCUUCAUGCCCUCGGUGUCAUUGAAGAGACCACAGUUGAAUACGACACAGAUGCGGUCAAUCUAUUUACCAAUAUGUGGCAUGACCAUGGUGACACAAUCGCGAUCCAGUAUGGAGGCUCACAUUUGGUGAAUACGAUGGCGACAUAUCGAAAGAUAAAUCAGUGGAGCAGUCACUCACGAGACAUGGUUGAGAGUUUCAAACGAUAUUACAACAAUUCCUUCUUGGAUGCCCAGCGUCAAGAGGCAUACAACCUCUUCCUUGGAAACUACAUCUUCACACAGGGUGCCCCCAUGCUUUGGGAUCUCUCUACCGAUUAUUACCUGCAUCACACUGACCCCAGGACAUAUCUGGAGAAAAAGCGACCAAACUACAUAUCGUGGUACACGCCAGAAAACCUGAAAGAUCGAGAAGUUCCUCCUCCUCCAUCUCGUCCAAAGAAGCCUCUUUCACACUUCGAUGACUACUGGUUGGAAUACUACCGCCCAUUCGCCUUGUCCACACUUUCGAAGGUGUUCUCUUCCAAGCUAAAUUCCACAAUCCAUUACCUCCCACAGCCCCGUCCUGGACACGCACCGCCUGAUUGCAGCCCAUUCGUACCGCGUAUCACAGCGGAACAAGUCCAGCGUGAUCGUCCGCCCACACGAAGUGUAAAGAUUCAGGAGCCAGCAAAUAGCGGACGUGACGAGGACGCACAAACUACACCGAUCUCAGAGAUCACCGACAUAUGGAGGCAGCAGACCCCAUCUUCAAUGAAACGGCCUCCAUCGACAGGCAUAAUUAAGGAGCCCGUCUUCGAGACGUCCCAAACCUCUCACAUCCCGCCUAUUCAUCAUCCGAAUGCUCCGGCAGCUCCUAGCAAAGCGCAAAUCGCUCAAUGGACCCUCGGUCAGCUCGUCACUGACUCUUUGAACCCAUCAGUCACAGGGACAGAAGCAGAAGAGUACGAGAGAUACAUCAAUCAUCCAUUGAAGGUUCCUCUGGUCGCAACAUCGGAAGACGAGGUGACUGCGGUUUCGCUGCGUGAACAAGGUCCAAACUCUGAUCUUGUUGAGCAUGUCAACAAAUGCAACGUCGAGGAAGCUGCGCUAGAGACCAACGCUGAAGAAAACAUGGCUGACUACGCCGAAUUCCUGAGCGUUUCCGAGGAGGGUCUUACUGUUGUUGGAGAGGACUACGAAAAGAAACGAUACAAACGAUACCGUCAAUGGUUGCGCGGAAAGAGCCUUUUUAAGCAACGUGUGGAUGUCUGA